UUUAUCUCUUCCACUCUUGCGUUCACUCUCUGUUCGGCAGAUGUCUCAAGGGCCCAUGAAUCGGCAGUCAUGGGCAUGCUGUCUACCAAGAGGCGGGCGCAGGUUGGCAUCUCCAACUUGAACUGUACGACCUGCCUUUACCGGUAUACUUACUGCCUAACACCGUAGGCAUGUACCUAGGUACGGUGCCAUGGAUCUAGCUACAGUCCCAGCUGUCGGGGAACGUGCCGACAGCCGCAACACAGGGCCUGAAGAACAAAGACUUCGCGAUUCCAUCGAUCUGCCGACCGUCUGCUCCACGGACUGAUCGCCAGCAGGGAAAUGUGACAGCAGAGUCAGAGCAUUGGCAAAGCAACAGUGCCACGAUUUUAUUGCGGUCGGUACCGGUACAAGAAUAUUCCCCACACAAUGCACAAAACAGUCUAUCCCACAUUGUCUGGGGUAAAGUGUGUACUACUGCUAGUACAUUGGGUCCAAGAUCUGCUGCCACUUCUUGCCUUUGGAUGUCGACUACCUACCUUAGUAACCUUUGCUUCCUCGACACUCAGGCUCGCCGGUGAGGGUCCAGGGAGAGGGUGUAGGAAGCCCCACGUCGGAUAUCAUGGGGUCCUUGAAGCCAACGGACCACAUGUGAGCAGGAGAAAGAAAGACUCAAUGCCGAGUCGCUUGGAGGAUCACGAUCGGUCUCACGCUUCACUCUUGGGAUCAAUUUAAGCCGAGCAGUCGUGAGUUUGCCAUCUCAAUCUAUUAGGACUUUAAAAGGGCUUUGUUACUGUCCAUAAGACAUCGUUCUGUGUCCGGGCCGAGUGCUAAACUGGAACGAGUGUUUUGCUUCCAAGGUCAAACUUCCAAAGGGAGGACGCUUUAGGGACACCCACCUACCUGCCGUACUUGGCCGGUUGGCGAUCAAGCCGUGACAGGCGACGUUUAACGGGGCAUCGAGCAUCAGAAACGUCUCUGUUGACCUGUUCAGGAUCACCAAUUGUCUACUAGACAACGAUUACUCUACACAGCGGAAUUCUCGAGAUCUACUCGGGGAUCCCUCAUUUCGUUAUAACUUCCAGCCUUCGUCGCCAACAAGGCCGUAUAUAGACAUCAUUUGCCCACGACCAAACAGCAAUCUAGGAGCGCCAACUUCAAGCGUCUUUCCAGAAUCACAAUUCCACAAUGGGCUCACUUCCCACCGCCACCAGCCUGCGUCGCCAGCCGCUCAAGAACUCCGGUUCCAUCGACCACCUCGAGUAUGUCGACGUCACACCCAUCAUCGGCCGCGAGUACCCGACCGCAAAGCUGAAGGAUAUGCUACACGCACCCAAUGCUGAAGAUCAGAUUCGGGACCUCGCAAUCACCAUCUGCGAGCGUGGAGUCGUCUUCUUCCGCGCUCCACAGGAUGAUCUGACGGUCGCCGAACAGAAGACGAUUACCGACUUGUUGGGCAAGUUGACGGGCCGUCCCGAGGAUCAUGGUUUGCAUGUGCAUCCGUUAUACAGGGAUCCGAACAAUAUCCCGAUGGCGGAUGGGACGACGGAUGAGAACAUAUACGUUAUCAACUCGGAGGCCAUGAAGAAACUGUACAAGACGAUGAAGAACCGACCGGACGGCUUGAACGAGCCCAGAGACUUGGGUCGAGAAUGGCACAGUGACUGCCUCUUCGAAGAAUGUCCCGCCGACUUCAGCUUCCUCCGCAUGCAAGACACACCUCCCUCCGGCGGCGACACAUUAUGGGUAUCCGGAUAUGAACUCUACGACCGCCUCUCCCCACCAUUCAAAGCCUUUCUCGAGUCCCUCACCGCGACAUGCGCCCAACCCGUGUUCCGCUCGGCCUCUGAAGCCGGCGGCUACGAACUCAUGUCCCCGCGCGGCUCCCCCCUGAACGUCGGCGACAAAUUCUCCCCGAUCCAUCCCGUCAUCCGCACCCACCCCGUGACAGGAUGGAAAUCGCUCUUCGCGGGAGUCGGAUUGCACGUCACGCGCAUCAACGACGUCUAUUCGUACGAAGACCAAAUGAUUCGUGAAUACGUCUUGAGACUGAUUACUCGCAACCACGACUGUGUUGCACGUAUGCAUUGGACGAGACAGGCCUGUGCGAUUUGGAGCAAUGCGUGUACUUUGCAUGCUGCUACUCCCGACACCCAUCUCGUCAGCGGCAAUCGAGUCGGCGUCCGCGCAUCCGGCGUCGGCGAGAAACCGUACCUUGAUCCCGCGUCGACGGGCAGGAGAGAGGCGCUUGGGUUGCCGAGGGUUUGAUACAAAGGGACCGAGAGAGAGAGAGGGAGGGGGCAGAGGAGGAAGAGGUCACUGUGUCAUUUUUAUGUCGGUGGCCCCUCCCUGGAAGAUUCUGUGUUUUUGGAUCAAUCAGCCUUGCAAGCCUGGUUUCCCAUUCGGGGUUGGUUGGAUUGAGUAUCCCAUUUCUGCCCAGCUCUUGCUUUUUAUACCAGUCAUUGUAUGCAGCAGGAUCAGCGCUCUAAUCCCAUCGAGAAAGAUAACUUGCCGUUUCUCUUGCCUAGCUGGUAACUUUGAGUCUCGUUAUACGUUACAGUAUGCACAUGGUACCUACUACUAUUGUGUUUGCAGACUCCUUCCCACAACCUAGGUAUGUUAUCACUUUGUUAGGUAUUCAAACGCAUCUUGGAC